UUACUCUUUUAUAGUGCGCCAAGAAUUCAAAAAAGAAUAAAACACAGCGCUGUAUACAGACAGCACGAGUCUCUAUAACCUACAUGUGUAGCCACUGGGCGAGCCUGGACGCCUGCUAGCACACGACCACAAGGCGAACAACACCAAAUGGAAAUGCCACAACGAGCCACUCAUGCAAGACGCCGCCGCCUGCAUAACGUCUCUUUUGCGAUCCAGAAGCGGAACGCCGCGUGCAGCAGUAGCGAAGCCCAUGAGGGGUUGCUGCCGCCUUGCCCCGCGGUUUGCUGGCACCACGAAAGAAACAUUCUUUGAAUGAGUAUUAGCAGCAGUAGGGUUACCAUUACAAUACCGAGCAGAUCAUGGACCCCGCGCUCGAGUCACUAGCCACGGCCGGCUACUAUAUUCUACGGCACUCGUCCAACCGCCGCGAGAGCUCUGAUUACCGAACCGUACUUAACAAAGAAUGGGCACGCCGCAAUAAACCUAUUGCCAAUCUCGUCGUGCACACUGGUGUUGGUCCCGACGGCGUCGUCUAUGCCAACUUUGAUGAAGGGUUUCUCCCGCUCUACCACGAUGACACCCUCCGCAUGAGCGAGCCUUGUGAGGAUGCCAACGUACGGCAAUGGCGCUUCGAGACCGAGGCAGACUGCGAGAACUGGUUCCAUGCCGAAGUGUCCAACAUUGUUAUGGCAGCAUGGACCGCGUACCCAACGGUCAUGCAGCUCUCACAGAGCAAACCACCCACCGCUGGGCCGAUACCCGAAACAGCCGACAUUGUAUACUCGACCAAGAUUGGAAACACCAAGCAUAUACUCGCCGUUGGAGAAAUCAAAAAGAGCGUUAUUGAUAGAGGAGCAUGGCAGAGCGGCCAGUUGCCGGUCGGAGGAGAACAGCAGAGGCUCUCACAAGAGCUGCGCCAGUACGCGCGCCGAUACCAGUGUCCGCAAGUCUUUUGUUUUGACGGCGAGACGCUUCUCGUCUUACAGUUCCGCGUCGCCACACUUGACGCGAUUGACGAGGCCAACUGCAGAGUCGACUGCUGGGUGAUUCCAGUGCGCAACAGCACAACGACUCUACGAUAUGCGCUCUAUCGCCUGCUUACACAGGGAUGGCGACGGUGUCAGGGCGUCAUGGCCGAAGAAAUCACAGUGGACGGCAUAACGUCCGCCUAUAGGGAGUUUUACAAUGGACGGCCCAUCUGGCGUGUAGACGGUGCCAAUACGGCGCUGCAUCCACAUGGCUACGAGCGAUCGGUGGAUGCGUCUACUGGUGCGUUUAAAUGGAGGCUUUCGCCGUAUCCUGAUAUCUUUGAGACGUUGCCGCUGUGGCAUAGUCAGUAGAUGCGUAAAAAGGCUGCAGAAACAGUAAACAAAUAUCUAUCAUAAUUGGUAAUACUGCAUGCUUACUAAAGAGAAUAACUUGUAAUAUUGCAGGUUAAUCUAUACUAAGCUUUCGGACUCGGCUUUAUUUACGAGGUUUUGCAACACAUGCCACACUUUAUGCGGUGAAUGUUGCGCCUUUUCCCAUAGUUGUUUCAUAGUAAAGUCUGUAUAGGUCCGCGCAUAGUAAAACCAUGAUAGUAUCACAGUUGCAUCGACACGAAGUCGGCCUUGGUACCCAUCAGCAUCGGCUAUCGCGGCGCCAGGCGGUGGUGUCCAGGCGGCAUCGUACGCCCAAACGAAGAAUGGUGGUAGGUCUUGAUAAGCAAUCAUCCCUUCUUCUCGCUCUUGUGGCCAGCGAAGACGUUUGGUAAGCCACAGCUCGUUUGUAUCCAACUCCUGGAAAACACAGUCAUCUGUAAUAACAAGAAAUGUGGUCUUGGAUAUCUUCCCUGGCAGCGUAGGCACAAGUUCUAAAAAGCGUCUAGAUCUGAGUUAGUAUAAAUGAUUUUACAAGGUUUGCAAUUCUGGACCAUGUACCUUCGUAUAGAUUCUGGAUCAUCCUCAUCAACAGGUUCUUUUUCGAACUGUAGACGCGAGCUAAGAAUUAACAUGUAACCGUCCUUGACUGUCUUAGCCGCCGCGAGACGACCCGUCCUCUCAGAGUGAUCUAUGUAAGACAACCCAUUCAAUACGCGGUACCAUUGUACAAUACCUUGUAGCGUGCGCUUCCUCAGUUUGGAUGAUUCAAAAACAACAAACCCAUACUUUUCCUGCGCUACGCAGAUCUCGUCAAUCCAUGCUGGUGUUCUUGGUUGGAUUUGUUUCCAGGUUUCCUUCACAUUAUAGUAGCCUUGCUCAGCCAGCUGCUUGUCAUAUUGCGCAAGCAUAAUCUUGGCCAGUUCGGUCGCUGCUUUCUGUUCUCGAUUGCGAACUGCGGCUCUGGCUCUCUCCAGAACGUCAUUUGUAGCCUCGAGGUGUAGUUGUUCCUGGUAUAACCGUUCCAUAGCAGCAUUGCUGUCACCGUCAAAUGUAUCCAUGUCUGCAAUGCGUCCAUCACAAAUAACAUAUUUGCAAACCGCUCGCGAGUGGAGCAUUGUAGGGGGGAGAUAUACAGGACGAUACGAAUAGUUACUGAACCAAUCUGCCUCCAUACAGCCGUCCAAGUUUUGGACAAAGUAUCUCAGGUCAUCGAAAUUUGGUUGGCCCAGUAAAUGGAGCUUUAACUUGUCGUCCAUGUCCUGACCUUGCUCCAAUCCUAUCCUGAUUAAAUCUUCCUUGCUAUAUCCUUGCCCAAUAGGAUAGAACUUGUGUAGUCUGCGCGCCACGCCACAUUGUUCGCUCAUCCAAGGCCGCUCGUCGCUAGUAGAUGACAUAUCGAAAGUAAAUGUUGAACUAUGAUAGAAUGUGAAGGUAUAGAGAGUAGUUUGAGAGCAACAAUACACUUUUCCUCUACACUAGAGUUGGUUGUAAACUUUUUUGCUAUACCCACUUCUCGACACUCACGUACGUGCGUGGUUAGUUAAACGUGGGCGUACAGUACAGUGGGACUCGACUCUCUCACAACGCAAACACAGCCUUGGGACACAUCUCGCUCUCCUCCUAACCCCAUAU